UUAAAAUGUUUUUAAAUUUUCAAAUCAUCUUUAUAUUAGUAACUUUAUAUCAGGCACAGGGAAAAAGUUUAACUCCAAAUCAAACUGUAUCGUUUAUAAAUGAUUUGUUAAGUAAUUUAGAUCCCUUUUUGGAUUUUGUAAACAAAUUUAAAGAUACAAUGACGAUAACAACAGAGGAUAAUUCAGAUUCAAAGUUAGAGGAGGUGUUAAGUGAUAUUGGCGAUAUAUCAAGAUCCGGCAUUGCUAAAACGAAUAAUGGUUGUUCUCUUUCACUACGCAAUGAUCUUAAGGAUCCCAAAAUGCCUUUAUUGAUUAAGCCUGGAACCACUUUAUUCUAUCCUUAUGAUGAGAAUGGGGUUAUUAAUGUCGAUGUUAAUGGUGAAAUUGAACUAGUUUGUACGCGUGGAUUUGCCACUCCAAAUCAACCGUUGCUAACAAUUACAACUGCCUUUUGCGUGGGCGGUCAGACUUUUAAAAUCUUAAAUAAUCCUAUUAAUUUAGGUACUGUAUCGUGUACUGCUUGGAAUGAUGUGGCGGUUGCCAAUUUAAGCAACAGCUGUAAUGGUGGCACUAAAUUAAUAGAUGUAGGUUUCCAGUUGGCUCCCAUGCGUUUUGCCAGUGUAUAUCAAGUGUGUUUUAAUGAAAAUUAUGAGGUAACCCGUUAUGUCCAGUAUACCUUGUACAAGGGUGCUAAUAAUUUUCAGAAUUCAGCGCGGCCCAGCAAAUUUUUGAAGGCUGGUUUCUUUGGUGGCGAAGAACUGGAUGUCAUAUAUACGAAGCAAACACAAAAAGUUUUAGUUGAUCGAAUUUUGGGUCGGGAUUCGGCAAAAUAUUUUAAUGACAAUGAUUACUAUUUGGUUAAAGGUCAUUUAGCGGCUAAAGCCGAUUUUGUUUAUAGCAGCCAUCAACGGGCAACAUUUUUAUAUAUAAAUACGGCUCCUCAAUGGCAGUCCUUUAAUCGAGCCAACUGGUUGGCCGUCGAGAAUGGUCUACGCAAAUGGGUGGAGACCAACAAGCAAGACUUGUUGUGUUGGUCGGGUGUUUAUGGGGUCACCAGUUUGAAUGAUGAUAUGAAGACCGAUACUGAACUUUUUCUUUUCGAGGAUAAUGAAAAUAAUUUCCAUCUACCGGUACCGAAAUUAUUUUUCCGUGUAGUUAUUGAACCGAUUAGUAAACUUGGUGUGGUCUUAGUAGGUGUUAAUAAUCCCCACGUUCCUAUAAAUAUAAUUAAACAGAGCUAUGUCUUGUGUAAAGAUGUUGCAGAUAAAAUUUCUUAUAUAAAUUGGAAGAGGCUUGACCUUAAGAAUGGAUAUUCUUAUGCUUGUGAGGUCAAUGAGUUUCGAAAAGUUGUAACCCAUUUACCAAUGUUUGAUGUUCGGGGUUUGUUAGUCUAAAAAAUAGUAUUUAAAGUUAUGACACCAUAUGAAGUAUGUCUAGUAAAUAAUAAAAUAAAAGUGAUACCUUCAGUGA